AUGUCAAUUGCCGCUUUGCUCCUCGCUGGUCUUACCCUGGCUUCUGCAACCCCCACUAGUCUUAGCUCUCUCAGCGAGAGGUCUUCGAUCUCUACCAAUGGCGUCUGCGGAGCUUAUAACGGCACCGCUAGCUGCGCUGGCAACAGCUUCGGGAGCUGCUGCUCUCAGUUCGGCUGGUGUGGCAGCGACACCGACCACUGCGGCAGCGGUUGUCAGUCAAACUACGGAAAUUGUGGAGUCUCGACCACUCUAAGCUGGAAGAGCUUAGGCUGUUACUCAGACUCCACAAGCAAUCGUGCACUCAAUACCAGUGUCCUGGUGCCGGGUCACACCGUUGAGGCAUGCCAGUCCGCCUGCGAAGACGCAGGAUUCCUCUACGCGGGGCUGGAAUACGGUACCCAGUGCUUCUGCGGUAACGCCAUCAUGAACAGUGCUAGUUCGAUUGAUUCCUCCCACUGCAAUGUCCCUUGUGCCCAAUCAGCUAGUGAGAUCUGUGGCGGGUCCAACGCGAUUAGCUUGUACGUUGUUGUGCCUAUUUGGCAAAGCGUCGGAUGCUACACUGAUACAACCCUCAAGCGAACUCUUGCAAAAUCCUACAAUAUCGCUGGUAAUACCGUUGAGAAAUGCCAGGCCGAAUGUCAGUCAAAUGGCUAUCUCUACGCUGGUGUGGAGUAUGGAACUCAGUGCUUCUGUGGUAACAGCAUUGAUAACGGUGCUACUAUUACUUCUGCCUGUGGUACUGCUUGUCCCGGAGACAGUUCGGAGGUCUGUGGUGGCGCGAAUGCGCUGAGCAUGUAUUAUCUCUUCCGGUAA